AGCAAGAAAGAAGUCAUCAAGAUGAAAGGACACGCAACGACUCCCGUGAUGCCGACCAGGGCCCCUAGGGGAUAGAGCACAACCCCAGCCGAGUUGAGAAGAUGCUGCCCGAGAUGCCAAGUUCGAAGUCAUCGCUGGCGGUGACAGUCCAGAGGAAGGGCAACUAUAAAGUUUUCAGGUCGACGUUUGCCUGCAACAGGGUCCACCCCAACUCCUCCACCAAAUGGGUGAUAAAGGACAACGACAAUGUGGUCGUCGCGGAGACGGAGCAAGGCCUGUUUUACUCCCAGGAGGCCUACGUGGUGCGGUGGUCGUACCGGAUCACCGUCGUCAAGGAGCUGGAGGGACUUUCCCCUGGGAGUGGCAUGUUUGCGAGGGAAAGGAAGAUGCAGCAGGCAGCGAAGGAUCGGGAGGUGAAGGACGCGCAGACCAACAAGAGUGCCCGUGGCAACGACAGCUCCGACACGGAGUCCGAGGACGAGAAGGAGGAGGGAGACGACGACGAGAGUAAGCGAAGGCUCGAGAGCGGCGGCAGAGACAAGGUCGCCUACUUCUUCUGGCAGGGGGAUGAGUGUACGUAAACGAGAAGGGGGCGUCGGCUCUCCUCACCGUUGAGCUGGACAAGGAGAGAGGACCGCAAGUCAGAGUGGUGCAGAACAAGGAACCUCCGGCCUUCCUCAACCUCUUCUCCGGGGGAACGGUCAUUCUCUGUGGCAGAUCUGAGACGAUGUCAUUCAAGAGUCCGGCUCGACCAGUCAGACUGUUCUUAGUGAGAGGCCAGAUGAGGACUGAGGCUUGCCUCGUCGAGAUUGACCCCGAGCACUGGCCGUUGGCCAAAUUCUUCAGAUCUCGCGGCUGCUACGUGGUCUACGACAGCCCGGGGAACAAGAUCUACCUAUGGAAGGGCUGCAGGAUCACCGCCACUCUCAGGAAGGUGUCUCACACUGCGGCCAGAUUACUGAAGAGGAGGUUAAAGGCGGACCUGGUGAUGGUGGAAGAGGGUCAUGAGCCAAAGGACAUGUGUGCUCUAAUUGGAGAUAAGACAUGCUACGAUUCCCUCCUCAACGACACCAGACUGAUGGACUUUACUCCGAGGCUGUUUGAACUCUCGAGUACCACCGGGGAGUUCGUGGCCAGCGAGGUCGUGUACCCUGCCAGGGACUCCGAGGUCGAGGCCACACCCUUUCUUCAGACCGAAAUUUACACCACCUCUCAACCUGCCAUGUUCCUCCUGGAUGCGUACAAAACGGUGUACGUCUGGCUUGGCUGGUGGCCCCAGGAGAGAAGAGACUGGAGCAUCAUGAGAGAGACCAACAUCACCACUGGCAGCGCACACGCCAGGUGGCUGAGAGACAAGAAACUAGCUCUAGAGACCGCACAACUCUAUGCCAAAGCAUCCACAGAAACCAGAAAGCACCAGCCCAAGACGUACAUGAUCCAUGCCGGAACGGAACCCGACCAUUUCGUUCACCUCUUCCCGUUCUGGAAACCCAACGCCAAGGUACAGGAGCUCCAGUGCAAAGGUCGCAAACCGAUUCCACAGAGAAUCGACGUGGAACAAGAGCUACUCAAAUACAGCAGAACACAGUUCAGUCUGAAGGAGCUCCAGGCACGACCUCUCCCCGAAGGGGUGGACCCUGCUCGUUUAGAGACCUACAUCUCAGACGAGGAGUUCAAGGCGGUAUUCGGAAUAACUCGCGAACAGUUCCAGAGAUUCCCGGUCUGGAAACAGACAGAUAUCAAGAAAGUGAACGGCUUGUUCUAGCCCCCCCAGUUAUAUAUCAUCAUUGUUCUGUGGGUGGGUGUGUCUACUCCUGUGUCGUCGUUGUUGUUGUUUGUGUCGCGACUUGUUGUUGUCAUUUAGAGAAAAUUCGUUCUUUAUUUCUGUGCCAUCUUCUGUAUUAUUGAUUUUGUCCGACGCACCGUUUUUUUAAUUAUUAUUAUCAUUCGAAAAUCAGAGAAAUCACUGCAUUGAGUGUGGAUUUAUUAUCACGCGACAGUUGCUUUUUCUUUUGACCUGUGUCUGUAUGUUUGUGUGUGGAUGUAAUCAUUUUUUAAAUUUCAUCAUUCAUUCUUCUCCACUGUCAACUGUAAUGUAUCAUUCUGCACCUUUUGUUGCACCUUUUAUCUUUUCCCCGCUUGCGCAUUUAUCCAACGUCUAACGGUAAAGCCAUAUGCACAACCAGCACACACUGCAUGAGUUGAAUGAAGAUAAAGCUACCGUAACGAAAGAAAAUUGGGAAGAUUUAGUCCGUCGUAAGAGUGCGGUUGGAGGCCUUGAAGUGUGGU